CUUCCCGCAGCUGGAAGGGAGAACAUUCCCCUCUGUCUUCUGGAACUCAGGGUCACCCGGACAAUCCACUCGGAGACAAGGACCAAGAAAUGCAGAAUGAAGAAGGCUACGAGGUGCUGAAUAUCCAAACCAAACCGAAGAUAUCCUCUCAGCCCUUUCCAGAUUUCCACCAACCUCCCCCAUGGCGAGGGACCGUUCUGAAAGUGUCUGGUGCAAUGAACGUUAUCCUGCUGGUGACAUUGGUGACGCUGAGUGUUUUUGUGUCUCCUAAAGAGACGAGCACACAGCGACAGUGCCCGGCAGAUUGGAAGUUGGACCGAGGAAAAUGCUAUUGGUUUUCCAACGUGACUGAUAAGAAAAACUGGACGGGGAGCGCAGAAUUCUGUGCAGAAAGGGAGUCCAAAUUGACAACGAUUCAAGAGAUAUGUGACUUGGGCUUCAUCUGGUCACAGAUCCCCCUAUCGAAGUACUACUGGAUUGGGCUGAGCAUUCCACACCCUGGGGGAAACUGGACAUGGCCUGAUGGCUCUGCCUUCAACUGGAGGCUGUUCCAGAUAAGAGACUCAUCUGGAAAGAACACAUGUGCUUCACUCUCCAGGGAUGGGAUCUAUCCUGAGAACUGUAAGGGUUUAAAUUCCUGGAUCUGCCAGCAGUAGUAUGGCCCCUUGAGCCCCGGUGAGAUUUCUGCUCUCUGACUUUGUGUCUGACGGAGAUGCACAGGCAGAACCUGCCCUCCCCUUGAGCUCUGAUGCCCCAGCAUGGCCUGGGGCCAAGGGAAGUACACAGCAAGUCAGCAAAUUUGUUUACUCUCUUGGCAAUUCAAGCCCUCUUCCUAGCCAAGUAUUCCUCAGAGCCACUUGGAACUGAUUGAUGUCCAGGGGAAAACCCAAGAACAGAAGGCCGAUGGGACCGGGAAACCCUGCCUCUGCAACUAAUUGUGGUAUUCGUUAAGUGCUUACUAUGUGCAGAGCUCUGUCCUAAGUUCUUGGGUGUCUUCAAACAAGAGAGUAUCUUAUCACCAUUUUACAGAUGAGGAAACUGAGGGACAGAGCAGUUAGGCAACUUGCUCAUAAAGAAGGCAAGUUGUGGAGCUGGGAUUACAAUGCAGAUCAGAGACAGUCUGUAAAGAUGUGGUAAAAUCUGUAAAGGAGGUAAAAACAUUUUGGCAUCUGUAAAUACAGGGGCGACUUCCUCAGUGAGAUAGUAGGGGUGAUCAUCAUAGCCACCUCACUGCCCCCUCAUCACUUGGAUGUCGUGUUCCUUGUGACCCUGCGGACCGCUCCCCUGAGACUGUCAGCCAUGGCCCGACCCCCUUGCCCCCCGGAAAGCCUCCUCUCCACCUUCAAUAAAAAUAU